AUGAGUUCUCCAUGUUCAAGCUCAAGAUGGUGGCCAGGAGAUCAAGACAUAUCAAUGACAGAAACAUACUCUCCAAGAGCAUCCUCAGUUGGUGGCUAUUCAGCUGCAACUGAUGAUACUAAUAGUGUCAUAACUUUACCAGUACUUCAAGCUCCGGCGACAACAAUGCCGGCUAGACUGUUAGCCGGCAGGUCAACGCCUGAAGUCAUGAGGAAGAUAGAGAGUGCGUCGCCAGAGACGGCGAGGCACGUGGCGAUGAGGAUGUAUGAGAGCUUGAAGAGGCAUGGGUUGAGAGAUGAAGCUGGGAGGGCAUUUAGGAGAGAAAGAGAUGAUGGAGAUAUUGAGCUUGAAGAGGUGAAGGAAGGUGGUGACGUGAGGAAGAAGAGUGAGGAUCUUUUAGGGAUGGAGUACUUGUUGAAAGACGGUUUUGUCAGUUAUCUUCGAGAUGUUGCUAAAAUCACUCCUCCCAUUCCUCAACAGGUUGUUCGAUUUUCAGGCAUCAAGUGUUCGAGGAAGUUUGAUAUACCAAGAGACGAGUAUGAAACAUUUGGGAACAAAGUAUUGGGAUGUUUUGUUGGGCCCUUUAAGACUCUUCUCCAAAAAAAGAAUUCAACCUGGUUGCAUAUCUUGAAGGGAGUGGACGGAUAUAUCAUGCCUGGAUCGAUAACUCUUCUGCUAGGACCUCCUGGAAGAAUAGAAGAAACUAAGAACUCAAAAUUGCAAGGUGUGGUGAUGUACAAUGACAAAGACGCCUCUGAAAUACGUCUCAGUAGACUCAUUGCUUAUAUUAGCGGCCAACUAAACAAACACCUUCCAUUUUUAUCAGUACGAGAAACGCUGGAGUUCGCAAGGGACUGCACGCAAGGGCUUCGGCCAGAAAACUUCACUCCACAGAUGAGAAAAUUCUUUGCUCAUGCAUUGGUGGAAGGACAAGAUCCAUUUUUGGAGUAUGUGCUAGAAAUCCUAAGCUUGAAGGAUGUAGAACACAAACUCACCGGAGAAGCAAUCUCUGACAUUGAUCGCCAGAAGCUCACAACUGCAGAGUUAGCACUAGGAACAUACUCAGUCAUGCUUUAUGAUCAACCGUUUUCAGGGUCUGAUCUAGCAGCUACAUAUGAUUUGGUGGACACUAUACGGACCAUUAGCAGGAUUCAGCAAUCUUCUGCAAUCAUGUCACUGACCCAAAUCUCACAGGAAGUUUUUGAUCUUUUUGAUAGGAUCAUACUUCUCGGUGAUGGUCAUGUCCUGUUCCAAGGCCCUCGUCAAGAUGCAAUUCCCUACUUUGCCAACCUUGGGUACAAGAAGCCAUCACAUGCAGAGACUGCUGAGUUUCUUGAAGAUAUUGUUGCCGGACAUGGCUUGCAGUAUAUGGCACCACUAACAACUACUCUCAGUAUAGAUGAACUUGUAGAAUAUUACAAGGCUUCAGAUCAUUAUAAAGACAUUGCAAGAAUUGCUUAUGGAGAUGAUGUGAAGCUCACAUAUUGGGUAGACAGUGAGCCGGGGCUAGGCCUGUCCCUCAAAACACCAUCCAAGUACAACUCUGCAGUUGAUGUAGAACCAAGAAAAGAGACAGAACUGGUGGUUGCUAAGCUAUCUACCAAAGUAGGGCAUUCUGGGGGGAUAGAGAGCACAGGAAGAGUUCAGAUUGGAGACGUGGUCACAGCAAUAUCCAUGAACAACGAAGAAAUGCAAUACCUUGCUGUGGGACUCCAGAAAGUUCAGCGAGAGCAAGCCUCGCAUGCAUAUUCUAUGUUGAAGAAUGCACGAGGCUACAUCCGCCUCCAAGUUGAGCGCUACAAAGAUGAGGAGGAUGAGUAUCUAGCUCAAUGGGAACAAUUCCAGAGGCCCUUUGUUCAGACAUGGUGGAAAUCUACUAAAACUCUUGUCAACAGGCAAAUCAAGAUUACCAAAAGGCUCCAAGCUAUACUGAAAUUAAGGCUAUUCCAGGCAAUUGUACUCGGCCUGUUUGCAGGGACAUUGUUCUACAAACUUGGAGGUCAAUAUACCCAACAGAAAAUGAACUCGGCACUGGCUUAUACUCUCUGUGUUUAUUUUCUAUCGGGUCUAUCAUUGACGGGAAAUGGAGCACCUUUCUUUGAGUACCUGUUUCUUUUAGUCUUGGUAGCAUACUUUGGUUCAUCUGUUUUCUUCUUUCUCAGUACUGUCUCUCCAAUUCAAGAAGUGGGGAAUGCUUUGGCAGGUCUACUUGUUUCAAUCUUCCUACUAUUCAGUGGCUUUGUGAUCUACCCAUCCAACAUACCAACAUACUGGAAAUGGCUCAUGUAUAUCAACCCCAUUCACUGGGCGAACGUAUCAUAUUGCAGUUUCCAGUUUGAGGGCUACAGAGAGCCGUGCUCCAAUUACCUCGGCCAACUUCCUUUUUGUGAUCAGUACCCAAAAAUGACAGUUGGAAAAGCCUACCUGACCUUCUAUGAGCUUUAUGAAGACACCAAGAGACCAUGGCUUCCCUAUGCCAUUCUCCUGGGGUGGACAGUAAUUGGCAACUUGUUGGCAUUAUUGGGCCUGAAGAAAAUAGAGUUCACAGGAACCAGCCAAUCGCUGCCCCAUCUCAGAAAAACCCCAGUAUUAAGCAAUUUUAAAGAAGAUACAGAGAGUGAAUUUCAGUCAAUGAAUAGCUACAAUGAACAUUCUAAGGAUUACAACACUUCCCAAUAUUCUAGUGCACGCAGUUCACCAUCAGCUCAUGGGAAAAUGAAGGAAAAUGGAGUUGAGAAAUGGAUUGAAGAAUUCCGAAUCGAUCUCGAGAGGAAUGGGCUAGGAAUUCCAGUCGAACCAGUAACCCUUAUAUUCGAGGAUCUGUCAUUUACAAGGUAUGAUGAGAAAACAAAGGGGAGUGUCUCAGUUUUCAACUAUGUCACCGGCUAUGCUAGACCACAAAACAUGCUAGCCUUACUUGGCGGUUCCAAAUCAACUAAGGAAACACUCCUCAAAUGCCUGGCAGGAAGGGUACCUUUAAGUGGCAGCUUGAGCGGAGACCUUCAGGCAAACGGUGUCAAACCUGGAGCCACCUUCUCUAGACUAGUAGGCUAUGUUGAGAAGCUUGAUGCCCACCAACCUUACCUAUCUGUCCGUGAAUCCCUUCAAUUCAGUGCAGCACUUCGUCUUGACCAAGCAAUCAACGCUACAAGUCGUCGUAUUCAUGUUGAGUUGGUCUUAAACCAACUCGGUUUGUUGCCCUAUUCCAACCAACUUGUUGGGUCUCUUCGAGAUGCCACUGGAAAGACAUUUGAAAUAGCCAAAAAGAUGACAAUAGCAGUUGAGUUGGCCGCUAACCCAAGUAUUCUCUUUCUUGAAGAACCGAUGUCUGGCCUUGAUAUCAUAGGAACUUUGACUAUCCUCAACAUGCUCUAUCAAGUGUCGGAAUCUGGUCGUGUCAUUAUUGCCACUCUUACACAUCCAAAUGCUCGUUCACUGUCCUUCUUCGACCAGGCUCUCAUUCUGACACAAGAAGGGCGCCAAGCAUAUUUUGGCCCAAUAGGAUCGAACUGCUGUGAUUUGCUAGAUUAUUUUACAUCAAUUCCAAAGGUCCCUCAAUAUUUGAUCAGAGAAAAUCCAGUUAGUUUUGUCAUGGGGGUUCUUGGCCUAGGCAUAAAAACUAGGGGCACUCCUUCACUGAACUUUGCAGAGAUCUACACAGCUAGCUCCUUGAAUGAGAUCAACAACAAAGAGAUUGGUAGUAUAAAGAAACUGACCAAGAACAGAACAGCAAGGUCUUUAUCUUCUACUUAUCCAGCUCCAUAUUCACGACAAGCGAGUUUGGUACUGCUAAGAACACAGAGGUUCUUGUGGAGGAAUGUGCAAUAUACAUAUGCUAGACUUACAGGGUGUGUCAUGAUUGGCCUCCUGAUGGGUUCUCUGUACUUUCAGAUCGAAUACAAGGACACAUAUGGUGUGACUUCACGUUCACUUUACAUAUACAUGCAAGUUAUACUCGUAGGAGUUAUCUCUGCAAACAAUGUCAUACCACAGAUAGGCACUGACAGGCUGGUGUACUUCAGAGAGAAAAGGGCUGGAAUGUAUCUUCCAAUAUUUUAUCCAGUGUCAUGGGCAGUGGGUGAAAUUCCAUAUUUCUUAAUUGCUACACUUGCAGUGGUUGGAAUAGGAAAUGGAAUGGCAGGAAUUGGAACAGAUUCAGCUUCAGAAUUCCUAAUGUGUUGGCUAGUGCUCUUUACCUUCACGUUGUGCGUAACAUAUUUUGGGAUGAUGGUAACUUUUCUAGCACCAGUGCCAACACUUGCUGCAUUUAUUGUGUCGAUUGUGACAUCAUUGUGGGUGUCCACUUCUGGGGUAGUUGUUUUGCUAUCAGACAUAAAGUUCUAUCGAUGGAUGUAUUGGAGCAACCCAUUCCAAUUUGCCCUGAAUGCAAUGACAUCAAUUAGUUUCUACUGUGACACAAAAGAGUGCAGAUCAAAAUGCGACUGCCCACAGCUUCCAGAUGGCUCUUAUGUAUGGGAUAGAUUAUCAAUAGUUAGAGCCUUGAAUCAAGCAAGGAUACAAACGGACAUACUCACCUUGUCUGCAAUGUGUUUGCUGUUUUCCGGUCUUGCCUUUCUCUUCUUUGUUGUGCUGAAGCACAAUUCAACUGCCCGUGCAUAG